AUGUCGUCCUUCCGCGCUUUCAUGCGACUUGGGCGACUCAAGUUCAUUCCGUACUCGUCAAUGCUCGCACUCAUGGGCGCACUCUCACGCGAUAUCAGCCACCACCACCGUCGUCACCACCACGACUCGUGGUUCAGUUUCCCCGCGAGCUUCGUUCCCGUGGCGCUGUUUGUGGCGUGCACGCACGUCAUGACGCAUUACUAUAACGAAUACUUCGACUACGAGGCCGAUCUAGCGAACAAGCAACGCGGAAAGUGGAAUGGCGGCUCGGGCGUGCUUCCCGAGGGCCUGCUGCCGCGCUGGCUGGCGCUCGCCGCGGCGAACGUGCUGCUCGUCGGGAGUGUCAUCACGCAGCUCGCCUUCUUCCGAACCCCCGCACAAUGCGUCGCGUGCGCGACGCUGUUCCUCUCGUGGGCAUACACCGCGCCGCCAUUUAAGCUCCACUAUCGCGGCUUGGGCGAAGCAACCGUUGCCGCGGUGCUGACGUGCAGUGUCCCGGUGAUGGGCGCGCUGCAGAGCCGCGGCGACGACGCGUUCGUGCUUCCCACGUCGCUGCGCGCGAUCAUCCCGCUGCUGUGCGCGCAGCAGAUGGUGCGGAUGAUGAUCAUGAAUCUCCCCGACAUCGACUCCGAUCUCCAGUGCGGCAAAAUCACGUUGACCGCGCAAUUGGGGCCGGAGCGGGUGGCGCGUUUGUAUAGAUUCACGCAAAAUGCGGUUGGUGUUAUGGCUGUUAUCCUGUUCGCGUGUGGGCACAUGACGUGGCCCGUGCUGAUCGCUUUUCUCGUCGCCACGACCAAGGGGAUCAGUUUGGCGCGUCGCUUAGAUGGAAUCGUGUUUGCCGUCGCUGGGAUUGCGACAAAUUCCUCCCGCAACAACAAAAAAUACGACGGCGCCGCGUCUCAUCAUACAGCUGCGGGAAAGCCCGUGAAUACUACCAUGCACUUUGGGGAUCUCCCGUACCAGGCCACGAUCCACGUGGCGUCGACGGCGCUGAUGCUGGUCCUAGCGCAAGCAGUGGUGCUGAUGAUGCAUUGA